AAAAUGCAGAGAUUAAACUCAACAUCUCUUACAAGCCUUCAAUUUCUUACAGAACAUACAUUCAUCAAAGUCUCAGUUUCUAGCCCAAUACAACCAACAAUGGCCAUCAUGCAAAAGCUGAGACGGUCUUUAUCAAGCGAAAGAAGAUCAGCCGAGGUUCCAAAGGGGCACUUAGCCGUCUACGUUGGGGAGAGCAGCGAAAAGAAGAGGUUUGUUGUUCCGGUGUCUUAUUUGAAGAAUCCUAUGUUUCAAGAAUUGCUGUCUCAAGCUGAGGAGGAAUUCGGGUUCCAUCAUCCAAUGGGAGGCCUAACCAUUCCCUGCAGCCAAGAUUUAUUCGUCGAUCUCACAUCCCACUUGAACAAGUUGUAAAGUAUACACACGUAGAUUGAUAUAGAGAUUGAUAGAUGGAUGGAUAGAUAGAUAAGAUCGAUUUUUUGUAUUGUUUUUGGGGGCAUUUAUCCUUUUAUGUAAAUGAAGGAUUUUUUAAUA